CAAUCAUUAUUGCAAGUUCUCACGUCCAAUAUUCAAAAAAUGCGCGGAAAUAUUUCAUGCCCAUUGAAGUAAAAAUCAUUACCAGGGUACUUCUCCCACUGGCAAAAUGUCGUCUGUGCAAGCAACAGUAAAACCAUUGAAUGUAUCUCCUGUAAUUAAAUUUUUUCGAUGGACUUUCCUAUUAUCUGGUAUUGUAUAUGGUCUGUAUUUCCAAAAAAAAUUUAGUAAGAGAGAGAAUGCACUUCGUGAACAAGAAGAAAGAGAAAGACCCAUGAAGGAAGCAAAAUUAGCAGCAGAGAAAAAAUUGCUUAUUGAAGCUGAAUUGAAAAUGUUGGACGAAUUAUUAAGUCCUGCCCCUAAGAAAUAAUCAAAGUAAAAAAUAAAGAAUUACUUUUUCUGUAGUAUAUAUAUGCGUUUUUAUUAAGUUAUUAUUAAACUAUCCUUUAAAAAAACUAAUUA